AUGCUAAAAAAACGUAUCGACCACUUUUUCGACUGCAAUCAUAAUAUUCAUUCACCCUUUCAAGCACAGCACUAAAUGGCAAAUCAUAACUUAAUGGAUUCUUUUUAAUCACAAAGUAAAAAAGAAAGCAUUCCUGUAAAUAUGAGGCAUUAUGAAGACUAAAAGCUUAUUCACGAGUACUAAUUCUCAUAUUUAGAGAUCUUAUUCCUAAACGAGAAUAAAGGCCGAAAUAAAUCAAGUUCAAUGAUUGGAUUUAGAGUAUCAAAGAGUUCAUUUGGCUAAGUUCUUCUAGUGACUGACCUAUAAGAAAUAUUCAAAUAGUAAUAUGCGCUGAAGAUAAUAACCAAAGAAAAAAUUGCUAACUCAUUUGAACAAUAAAUCAUCGAGGAAAUCUAAACUCAAAGGUAACUCAGGAAUACCAAAGGAGUUGUAUAACUUUAUGAAAUCUUUGAAGACAAUGAUUGCAUUUACUUGCUUUUGGAUUACUACAAUGUAGGAGACCUUAUCACUUACAUAUCCUACUAUGGAAUAAUAGAUAUGAAGCCAGAAAACAUUUUAAUCAGGAAAAAAUAAUAAAAGUGCGAACAAUUUAAAUCUUAAUCCAGUGAGGAACUUGAAGUUUCAAUAGCUGACUUUGGACUAGCAAAAAUAAUCUAAGAAAAGUGA